CCAUUGGCUGGCUUAGCCCAAGCACAAAUAUUAUCUUCAAAUGGGUUUUCGAGCAAAAAGAAUUCAAAUAAAGAAAAGAAACAAGUGAAGUCAAUAUAAAGGGUAAAUGGCUAGAUGAAUACCCAUGUAGCCUCUUCAUCACAGUUAUGACUUGACAAGAUACUGCCCGCGCGCUCAAGUAGAAUUGAGAGAAGGGAGUUAUCUCGUGCAGGGCAUCAGUAGCUGAUUCGCGAGGAUACUGUAGCAGUGGCAAGUGGAAGUGAUUGUCGUCUCCAUCGUCUUGCUAGAUCUUUAUCGUCAGGAUCCUUCAGCGCUGCGAGUAGAAGUGAGUGAACCGGGGAAAGGAACCAGAGAACCAGUGAGGAGCGGCGAGCGCCAACGAGCAAGGGGGCCGAGUCGCCAAAUCAACGCUGGUUAUAGUAGUACUAAUGCCGGGAUAUGCUAUAUUCAUCGCACUAGUGUCGGUUGCUUUUUUACGUCUUGGCUGGCGUUGCCCCCUCCACCUCGACUUCUGAACGCACUUUCUGUGCGUGUCCAUCUAUCUAUCCGUCUCUGUAUGUGCGAACAUGCGCUAGUGUAUGGCUAUUUCCCGUACCAAUAGCCGUGCGAAGGGCCGAUGGACACCAUUGGCUUGCUGGUGCUAGCCUUUGCUUCUUCUUUUAACGCUGCCAACACCAAUAGCACCGCCUCAGUAGCGACAGCUAUCGAGUGAAAUUGGCCAUUACCGCCGCAGCCUCCGGCACUGUGAGCACAGUGAGGCUCCUUUAGAGCGCAUACUGCUUUGCCGGCAAACAAACAGAAGCCUGUAGCAAAUUCGGAUACACACUCACAAAUCUGGAUUUACACAUACAAUUAUUGUACCAUCAAACGCAGGGGUUGUGUGACGUCGAACAAACACCGAAGGCGAAGAGGAGGGAAAGAACGAUACAGAAAAUAUACGCAGUGACGGAAGUUUUGCUAUUGUUGCCGAUAGCGGUUCUGGCUUCAACCAACCGAAGGCAACAUCAUGUUACUUCGUUGGAAAAUAUUUUGCUUGAUGGGCAUAGUUUCACUAACUGCGAGGCCGAGCACCUCAGAAACGAAUGUCCGUUCUCGUCAAAAACGAGGAGGUCUACUGAACUUGGACGUACGACUUGACCUGUUUAGAAACCAGCGGCGUCAACAGGCCACAACGUCAAGGCCAGAGGCCCGAAUACUGCCGUUACCUCCAGGUACCGAUGCAGAGGACCACGGGAUACCCAUCAAGGACGAAUCUGUAAUACAGCACUUUAUAAAGCAGCUCGAAUCGUAUCGAAAGCGCAACUCUGGCCUGGAUAGUUUUCCCAUUCUUAGCGGAAUAAUUAAAACGGUUCGUCGCUUCCAAGCAUGUGCAACACCGAAACUCGAAAAAGGCCAUUGCAGACACGUACAGCACUGCGUACUGCCAGCUUUCCUUCGCAAUAUCAACGUAUUAUUGUCGUAUGCAUGCUUCAUCGGUGGAGCGCAUCUCGGCGUGUGUUGUCCAGAUCGUCACUUUGAUGAAUCCAUCAUUGAUGACGGUGGUGAGGAGGAACCAACAACAACUACGAAGCGACCGGGAAUUCUUGGUGGUCUAAUGAACCCACUCACAGAGAUAAUUUCACCGAUUCGGCCUACUCCCUCCGACACACCUUCCAGACCAGAUAUACCUGAGGUGAUCAACGGAUCACCGGAGUUGCAGUCUGGCGUUCCGAAUGAUCCGUUCAUUGAACCUCCUUAUCGUCAUCCAUCACAUGGACGCUUUCAAGGUCCGCCACAAGAAUCUCCGUAUAAUCCUUACGGAAUACCAGAUAAACCCCCUCAUAGGCGACCUCACGGUUCACAUCGUCACCCGCCGUACGGAAGACCACCUCGUAGGCACCAUCACAGGCCUCCGCACCAGGGAAGACCUGCAUACGAGCCAGACUACUAUCCUGACGCCAACCAGGGUACCGCUAAUGGUAGACCGAGCGAAAGGCUAGAAUUCACAACAGAGUCUUCGCGAUUCCCGCUCAUAACGUCCCGUUAUGAUAAAGCCGAGGAAAACGAUGGCCGGUUUGUCAUAACCCUUUCCACAACUGUCAUAAGAGAUUCCCCUUUCAUCUUUAAUGCUGGUAGCAGUACUGAUAUGUACACUUAUAGCACAAAAACCAAAUAUCCUUGGGAAUCCACGAUUGCGUGGUCUAAGGAACCCUCGUACGAAGAUGACAAACAAGGCGAGGACGUCUCUUCUGCAACGAGGCCCUACUCUCCUCCAACCAGUUCGCCUACAUAUUCGUCCGCGCCUACAACUACAUCAACCCAGACGCCUCAACCACAGACUGAGGACAAUCCAGCCAACGGCAGCCAAAUUACAAAGUAUUCAGCGACUUGUGGCUUGGGCAUAAAGAGCAGAAUCGUCGGAGGCGAGGUCGCCAACGUGGAACGAUGGGCGUGGGUUGCUGCAUUGAUGAGAAUCGACAAGCGGACAAAUCAGAUGGAACAAUUUUGUGGGGGUGUUGUGAUUUCUAAUCGAUACAUCAUCACUGCAGCGCAUUGCCUCCCUGGCGUUCAUCCGAGGGAGUUGACAAUCCGCCUCGGCGAAUUCGACUUCAGCCAACACGAGAAUAGCAGACGCCGAGACUACCACGUAUCUAGAAUCGUGCGACAUCCACAAUUCAAUGAAUCUAAUAACAAUUUCGCUGAUAUUGCGCUCAUCAAAGUUAACGAAGAUAUCGCCUUCAACCAAAACUUGCUGCCAGUGUGCAUGCCCGAAGAAGAGUCUUUUGCGAACAAGGAAGCCACAGUGAUAGGUUGGGGCGUAACUUCAUUUGGGGGUCCAUCCUCUAGUAUCUUGAUGCAGCUGACACUACCGGUGUGGGACAAUGCCGAAUGCCAAGACAAACUGAAUACAAUCGUCGUUUACCCGCAAUUCCUUUGCGCGGGACUUAAAGAUAAAGGUGGCCACGAUUCAUGUCAGCUUUUCUUGCAGGGCGACUCAGGUGGUCCUCUAAUGGUGGAAAAUUCAAAUAGGCAAUGGUCUUUGAUUGGCAUUGUGUCAUGGGGCUUUAAGUGCGCCCAAAAAGGCAUACCUGCCAUAUACACCCGAGUUACUGAGUUCCGAGAUUGGAUAUACAAGAACGCUGCAUAGCCUGCACUGAUCAACAAUCUCACUUCCGGUCUCAAAAAGUUCAGCAUCUACCUUUCAUACACCAGAUCCGACAAGAUCACGAAAAGGUUGGCAUACUCAAAUAUUCUGGCUUGUUAUAAAAUGGCUAGUCGGCCAGUAAAAAAAAAAAGAGGAAAAUCUAUCUUUCUACAAUGACCCUGUGAAACAUCAUUGUGAUUAGUGUGAUUAAAUUGAUAUCGAUUUUGAAGUCAGAGCAGAUAAUAUAUAUAUACAUAUAGAUACAAUGACACACUUGUAAAUAAAGAUGUCCAUUGUGCCCUAGAUCGUAAUGUGCAAUGAAAUAGGUGGUUAACCAAGUCUGUCUGAUAUCACAAGUUAUUGAACCUUUAACGCUUGUAUUUCAAAAUACAUACAGAUGUGGCCUAUUACUUUUUCUAACUUCAAGUUUAUUAAUGUGACAAAGUAUAGUCACAUUUUAUGCUCGUCACAUCCUCGAAGAUAAUAUCCAAGUUUCAUCAUCAAAGACUCGAAACUACAUAUAAAUCAACAUUUGUUUUUUAGUCUCCUCGCAAGAGGCGGCUACUACAUGCCGAAAAACAUUAGCGGCAAUGUCACACAAAUUACAGGUACAGCAAAAUGUCUGCAGAACCAAUUCUUACGCGUUUCAAAUGGUCCAAAGUUUAGCCAGAAAAAGAAAGAGGAGAGCUUUAUCGAAAUAAUUUGUGAAAUACAUAAAAAACAUAUGUAUAUUAAGGGAAAAUUAUUCUUUGCUAGCUUUUACCAAGUAAUUAAAGACGCUCAAAGAUUAAAAGUCCGGACAUUACAUUAACUUUGGUGUUGUCUAAAGUAUAUGUGCGUCCUUUUUUUUUCUAUGAAAGUCAGCUUUAAAAAAGACUAGGGCGUACUACGUGAAAUUCUGCGACAAAAUGUGUAGUAAGUAGCUUAAAAGUGCCAUGUGGCAUUUUGAAAUAAUUAGCGUAAUCCAGCUCUAGAUGUUUUUAUGACGGCAAAGAUAGAACAUUUACUGAUACACGCAAAAAGAAUAGCAAUCUGAAUUUCAAUCUGAAUCCUAUUGGAAAAAUCAUCACAGAAAAACUUUUACUCAAUGUUGCGGCGAAAUUGUACACGAUCGUUCAUUUCAAGGUGAUGCUUAUGCUUAAGUGAUUUUAUGAGACACCUGAAAUGGGUGCUUAAUUACUAAAUAAUUUUAUAAACUUACUCGAAACGUACGCUCAUGUUUGAAAAACAUCUGUAUUUGUAGGUCUAUCAGUCAAGCUUGUGACAGAGCAGGUUUUUCUUCAGCUUGAUUUUUAUUAGGUUGAUUAAAACGUAGUGUAAUGUUUCGUUAAUGUCUCCCCUCCCUUUUUACGUUAACCUAUUUACUGAGCUUGAAACUAUCAGAAGUCAAAAAAUAAAACGAAUUAUUUUAGUUGGCCGUAAAAUUGAAUCGACUUUCACCUUCAAGUUUUAAAUGUAGUGAAACGCAAAGCUUCAUUAAUCCUAAGGCUAAAAUUUGUAUUUAUUCAUCAUAGCCCAAGACGCAGCUGAACUAAGGUGGAAAAACCUGAAUUUAAAGUUAAGGCCAAGGACCAUUAGCCGGAGUUGUGAUCUUUUGAUUAGACCCGUAUACUUACAGUACCUAAAAAGAAGUGCCGCUCGUAUGCCCCUGUAUUUCAGAGAAACUAAAGCGUAUGUUUCAAGCAAGCAAGCAAACAAACAAAAAAUGCAAAGACAGAUUGAUGAUAAGCAGAAAGAGGGAACGUUUGACAGAAACGUAGCCGAAUAAUAGACUGUCGUUAGUAUUCAGUGGUGUAUAAAUAAAAUAAGCAUUAUGAAAUUAAAAAAGUUUGCGCCUUUG